GUGAUUUUGGUGUAGAAAGAUAUACUUUAAGGACCAUUUAUGGAAUUUAGCUAACUUCUUGAAUAGAAUAUAAGCAUAUGACAUAUUAACACAUUUUCUCCUACAAAUUUUCAGUUGCGAAUUUAGUAGUGCUGCAUUUGGCGCGGUUUCAUCUCAAAUUCAAUUCGAGUUCUAGGGUUUCAAAUUGGAUCAUUCAUUGCGAUUAUUCUUUCUUCCUGGACAGGUACAAGACUCUGAUUCUUGCAAUGAACUUUGAAAGUAAAAGUAGCUUGACAAUCAUGGGCGAGCAAGACCAAUCCCCUGAGAGUUCUUGUGAUGACGGAAACUCUGACGGCCAGAUUCUUGAAAACUCACCUCAGAAAACAGAGAAGAUUGAUCGGAUCAGUGAGCUACCUGACUCUCUUAUUGUCCAAAUUCUUUCUCGAAUACCCAUAACGGAUGCCUGCAGAACGACUAUUCUCUCCAAACGUUGGGAAAACCUUUGGACUUCUAUCGACAACGUUAUUUAUGAGAACGAGGUGAAGUACAAUUGUUCAGACAGCUCGACAGUGCACAAAUUCAUUUUCUUCACGGACAAUGUACUACCUCUCCUUAGCCUCUCUAGCAUUAAAAAGUUCAGUCUAGAUUUCGCGUUCGACUAUGAUUAUGGCGUGUCUUAUAGUCACAAAAUUGACAAGUGGCUUGAAUUUGCUCUGAAUAAAAAAGUGGAGGAUCUUUACCUGAAUAUAUCGUAUACUGAUGAACCGAGUAAAGAUGACCAACCCUAUAGCUUGUCACGAGUUCUCUGCGGCAACUCAUCAAUUCUAAAACUCGAUUGCAGGAAUUGCAGUAUAUCAGAAGAUUGUGUACUAAAUUGGACAUCCCUGAAGAGUUUGACGUUGGGAUAUUUGUUUCUCCGGGAUGAACACAUUGAACAAAUAAUGUCAAAUUGUCCUCAGUUGGAAUCUUUGAAGCUAUGUGGCUUUUGUGGUUUAAAUCGUUUGCACAUAUCCUCUCCAAAAUGUAGGCAAUUGCAAUUGAUCGACCACGAUCAUCCUGUCGGAGAUUGGGGUUCAGUUGAAGGUGAUUGUCGCUUCGAAAUUGUUGCUCCAUAUGUUCAAUAUUUAGAGAUUUCUGGGGAUUUCAAUCAUAUGGAAAUUAGGCUCAGGGACUUGUCAUCCUUGGUCCAUACCGAUCUUACUUUCUGCCGCGAUGAAUAUGGAGUACCUGAUCAAACCAUAGUGAGAGAUCUUUUUCUAGGCGUACGUUGUGCUAAUGAGCUAAUGGUCUCUUCCUGGUUUAUCAAGGUGAUUUCAGAUUUGCUGUUUGAAGAGGACGGUGUGUCCUUACCACUGCUGGAGUGCAAAUGCUUGACGAUAAGUUCUCGUAUUACAAAAUUUUGCUUCCCCGGUAUAGACAGCCUCUUAAGGUCGACUCCUUAUCUGGAGAAUUUGAUGAUAUAUCCUGAUAUGCCGUACUGCAAAUGUUUCCUGGAUGAAGCCGUUAUUUUGUCGGGACUAAACUACCUCUCCUUGCAAGAAAAUAUAUUCAAAGUUUUCUUACAGAAUUUGAAGAACGUGAAGGUCAUUUCACUGUUUUGUAGUCGUUACCACAGAGCAGAGCUCCCUCAAUUCUUGAAGUUUUUGCUUGAGCAUGCAAUGAAUCUGGAGAAACUGGUUAUAGCGCCAGGACACAAGGGAUGCAACAUCUGUUAUGCUAAUAUCUCAAAACUGAUAAAGAAUUUGUUAGUUUUCCCUAGAGCUUCUAAUAGUGCAGUUCUUUCCUUAGGAUCAGUUGUUCCCGAGAAAAUAUUGUUCAGUUAUAUUUGAAAAUCUCCUAUGUUGAUAAAGCCACAUGAUUGGGAUCUGAGUGUAAUCCUGAUUUUACUGGUUUGUUUGUUUGUCAGGUCAACUGAUUUAUUAGUCACUUUUUAAUGCAAAAAUAUCAUGUGGAUGAUUAUGCUCUUAGACUAAAAUACAGAAACCUCUGAAUUACAUGACGCACAACUCACAAGAUGGGGUUUGGGGUACCAUUCAAAGCUCAAAAAAAAAAAAAAAAAAAAAAUCUUAAAACCUUAAAAAGUGGAUAUUCCUAAAUUACAUUUCAAAUAUUGGCUCAAUAUUAUAUAGAGGUCCAAAACCUAAUCAUUCGAGUUAAUUAUAACAAUUCCACACUCCAAUUUUGGGUGUGUCAUGUUGUAAUUACAUUCAGAAAGUGAUCUUUCAAAUUUCUUUUUAUACUUCUU